AUGGCGAUCGCAGCUGUGGUAGUUCUCCCAUUAGGUCUACUCUUCCUUCUAUCUGGCCUCAUUGUCAACUUCAUUCAGGCACUUCUCCUUGUCCUUGUUCGCCCUCUGUCAAAGAACGCUUACAGAAGGAUCAACAAAGAAGUCACGGAACUACUCUGGUUGGAGGUCAUAUGGCUUUUCGACUGGUGGACAAACAUCAAGGUUGAGCUAUACACAGAUCCUGAAACUUUUGAAUUACUGGGUAAAGAACACGCGCUUCUUAUUUCUAACCACAAAAGUGACAUCGACUGGCUUGUUGGAUGGGUCUUAGCUCAGCGCACAGGUUGCCUUGGCAGCGCACUAGCUAUAAUAAAAAAAUCAGCAUUAUUUCUACCUGUUUUAGGUUGGUCAAUGUGGUUUUCUGGUUUUAUAUUUCUAGAGAGAACUUGGGUGAAAGAUGAGAACACACUGAAGUCAGGUUUCGAAGGGCUAAGUGAUUACCCACGGCCUUUUUGGUUGGCUCUUUUUGUCGAAGGAACUCGCUUUACGAAGGAAAAGCUUUUAGCGGCCCAAGAAUAUGCUGCUUCAGCAGGUUUUCCUGUUCCAAGGAAUGUUCUGAUUCCCCGCACCAAGGGUUUUGUUGCAGCAGUAACUCAUUUGCGCUCAUUUGUUCCAGUAAUAUAUAAUAUUACACUGGCUAUCCCAAAAAAUGAGCCUCGGCCUACAUUGUUAAGACUCAUCAGGGGACGUUCCUCUGUGGUACAUCUGCACAUUGAGCGGCAUCUAAUGCAAGAAUUGCCAGUAACAGAUAGUGGCAUUGCACAAUGGUGCAAAGAUAUAUUCGUGGCAAAGGAUGCUUUAUUGGAGCAUCAUCUUGCUAAGGACACGUUUGGUAACAAACAAUGCAUAAACAUUGGUCGACCAAAGAAAUCUUUGAUGGUGGUAGUCUUCUGGUCAUGUUUCCUCAUUUUUGGAUGUGUCAAAUUUUUGCAAUGGUCCACUUUCUCAUGGGGAGAGAUUGCAUUUUGUGCUGUUUUCUUGGCCUUGAUUAUGAUCCUUAUGCAAAUACUCAUUGUGUUUUCCCAAUCAGAACAUUCAACCCCAACUAAGAUAUCACAGCCGGACCCAUUGAAGGACGUGCUUCUUCAAAAAUGA